AGCACUCCUCUGGACCUGAUCGAGACCGGGAAGGGGCUGAAGUUCCAGGCAGAGCGCCCCCACCUGGUCAGUCUGGGUAGUGGACGCCUGAGUACCGCAAUCACCCUGCUGCCGCUACCUGAGGGACGGACCACUCUGGGUCAUGGCUCCAUGGACGUCAACAUCCAGGGCCUCGGAGUGGCGGCCCAGCACUGCUACAUCGAGAACAGGUCGGGGGUUAUCACGCUGCACCCCUGUGGGAACCUCUGUGCCAUCGACGGGCUCCGGGUCUCUCAGCCGGUCCGCCUAUCACAAGGUAAGGAACCAGGUCUCACACCUGUCCAUGAGGAACCAGGUCUCACACCUGUCCCUAAGGAACCAGAUCUCACACCUGUCCAUGAGGAACGUCUCACACCUGUCCAUGAGGAACCAGGUCUCACACCUGUCCGUAAGGAACCAGGUCUCACACCUGUAUGUAAGGAACCAGGUCUCACACCUGCCCCUAAGGAACCAGGUCUCACACCUGUCCCUAAGGAACCAGGUCUCACACCUGUCCCUAAGGAACCAGGUCUCACACCUGUACGUAAGGAACCAGGUCUCACACCUGUCCCUAAGGAACCAGGUCUCACACCUGUCCCGUGAUACGCUCUGCUGGACUGGACGGGUCUCUGCAGCACUUUACUUUGAUCACUUUGCAUUUUCCCCAAACAAACAUCACAUGAAACAACAUUUUUUACAGCGUUCAGUCGGUCUGGUCGAUAAAAUGCUUUUUAAACAGCCGAUCAAUUUAAGA